GUCUCGGUUAUCAUUGCAUCGACAUUGACGUUCUCGUUGAGAAGGCCCUCAUAAGCAAAUCAAAAUAUGGAUGGUUGUCCAUGCAUGAUUUGCUAAAAGAAAUGGGCCAGGAAAUAGUUCGCCGGGAAUGCCAUGAAGAACCUGGACGACGUAGUAGAUUGCGUGGUCUCAAGGAUGUCUUUCACGUGCUGAAUAAUGAUACUGUAAGUUGAUUAGUGUAGACAUUAAUAUAAAAAGGUAUAUUUUCAUCCUAAUUCUUGCUGACUGGCCUGUUUUUCUUGGUUGCCUGCAAGGAAGCGAUGCAAUUAAAGGCAUCGUCAUGGAUUUUUGUCCCGAAACCAAAGAGAUCAGACUCAACGCCAAAGCAUUGUCAAAUAUGAGAAAAUUGAGAUUUUUUAAAUUCCAUGAAUCUCAAACUAUAAAAUGGAGUGGAAAACCUUUAAAAUACAUGCCAACCAAUGAGUUGUGAUUCCUAGAGUGGUCUGGAUAUGCUUCGAGAUCCUGGCAGAGCAGUUUCCAACCGAACAAUCUUACUAUACUAAGGAUGUAUAACAGUCGCAUGAAACAACUAUAGAAGGGGUCGAUGGUUUUUUACAAUUUGAAGGUCUUAGAUGUGAGUGGUUCUGAGGAUUUGAUUAAAACACCAGAUUUGACAGGUGCGAAAAAUCUUGAGAAACUAGACUUUUCAGGUUGUAGAAGCUUGUGGAGCUCCAUCGAAGCGAUCAAAGGACUUGAAGAAUUAAGAAUGUCUGGCAGCCGAAUCAAAGAACUAUGGAAGGGUUUGGUGGUUUUUGACAAUUUGAAGGUCUUAGAUAUGAGUGAUUCUAAGAACCUGAUUAAAACACCAGAUUUGACUAGAGCCCCACGUCUCGAGAACUUAAACCUUUCAGGUUGUAGAAGCUUGUGUGAGAUUCACCCAUCUAUUGGAAGUCUCAAGCGAUUAAAAGAGUUGUGGCUUAACAAAUGUUCAGGACUUAAAGAAGUUGCCAGACCUGAGUAGGUUGGAAUGCCUGACGGAUCUUUGGGCACUCGAUACAUCGAUAACACAAAUCCCAUCUCUGGAUCUAAUCCCCAAGAGCAUCCGGGAAUUUCAUCUCGAAGUAAGAGAGUUGAUGCCAAAUCCCAUCUAUGAUAUCGGAUCAUUUGUAGAAUAUGAGAUGGAAGGAAUAUAUGAUCUGGUAAAAUCACCGAGCAUUGAUUUUGACGGAGGAGAUAGAACUCGUGGCAUAUCCGGUACAUAUUAUUCGGAUAUAGGCUAUAUAGCUGGCGAAACGGUGGGUUAGUGUGUGUUUUGAGUGUUUCUCUCGUUCUCUUCUUUAGGUUUGAAUAGU